GUCAACAGAGGAAGAGAAGAAGUGGAGAGGCGUGGCGUACGAUUCAGACAGCCUUUCGUUGCUAUGAGGAAAUCCGAGGCACUUUUUCCGAGAAAUCACGGGUGUGUACACCGGUGCUUGUCCACUGCCAUAGAGAUUGUGAAUGCACCCUUGUCACAGAGCCGAAUGGUGAUGACAUUUUUGGGGGGCCACAUGAAGCAAAACUGCAUGGAACCGGGGAUCGAGUUUGGACCCAGCAAGCUGACCCCCGAGGACAGACACAAAUACGACUUGUACUAUCGGAAACUGAAGAUCUUUCGCGAGCAACUUCCGUCAAACCUCAUGUCGAAACUCUCCUCACACCAGCUACGAGAGCUGGCCGGCUCACUGCUGGACGGGACCGUCUUUGCCAUCGUGGGAGAGCUCGAGGACAUUCAGAAGGAGACGGAGAGACUUCUGCUCAAGAAGAGGAUGGAGGUGGUUAACAGACACAAGGGUCGGAAAGUGGAGCUGGCGAAACGACACGGGCUGGAGCUGGACACUGCCGAGAGCAAGCCGAACACAGUUCCACUCGUGAUGAGUCGACAAGAGACCGAGAAAGCUGAGCUGGAGAAGAAACUCGCGGAGGAGAUGAGGUCGACGGACAAGACCCUCGUCCUGGAACUGGACCAGCUGGUGGCAGACCAGCAGUCCACAAUGCUGCAGUGUGCCCUUCCGCUAUUCUCCGUCACCAAUAGCCCUCAGGAGGUCCAGCUGCAGAUGCACCUACUGCGAUUUCUCCAGAAGAUGAACGCUGCUGCAACUGCUUCUACUACUGGAUCACAGGCAUCCUCCUAGUUCAAUGUACAUAUUACAAUACACUGUUCCUUCCUAAUAUAGUUGCAAAGUUGGAGUUGGCUAUUUCUUGUGUUAUUAUGACGAUGAUCCUCACAAUGAUGUGCAGAGUUUAAUAGCUUUCUUCACCGGGCUACCUCACGCAAG